GUAACAAUGGGAGAGAAAAUUACAGAUUACUAGCAAAAGUGACAAUGAUAUUAAUAGUUUUUUAGCUAGCUCAAUACAUUAGUAUUAAUAGUGCAAUAAAAGCAUAGUAAAAAUAACAUUGGUUAAGUAAAAAAAUAAACUCCUAAUCAUUGUUUGUGCAGGGUAAUUACUUGAUCAACUUUUUGGUGAGUAAAUGUUACUUAGCUGUUCAUCCUAAACACUACCAGAGAGGCUGCAAAAGGCCAGGCAUGGACAUACAGUAUGUUCACCUUCCAGUAGGACAACAAAACAUCUAGUUAGAGCUACAACACCUGCAUAGAUCAAUAUGUAUGCAGAUGUGUUGGAGUGGCCCACUCGAUUUCUAUACUUGCAGCAAGACGUCAAAAUUCCUGUUCACAGAUGCUCUCCCUCCACUACUCCCAAUAAAAUCCAUUAACGUUUAUGGCAGCAACAUGAAAAAUAUGGAGUUAAAGGAAUGCCAAUACGUUUGCAGGGCCCUGUAUAUGACAGCUAUGGUAGCAAUUCAGGGAGUUCAAUCGUGUCCACACUUUAAUUAGUAUAAAGACAACAGAUUUAGGAGUUGACUCGCUGUCUCCUGCAGGGAGGUAACCUAUAAGCUGACCACAUGCCUGUAAACAAGUCAUUUAUCAGAGUGAGGCGGUUACAGAGAGGGAAGGACAGAGAGGAGCCCACCGCCGCGCUCAGGGUGUGGGGAGAUGUCACUUUCAGUGCGUGUGCGCGCUCGGGUGCGUAGCGGGAUUAUCUUUACGCACGUUGUGCGGAGCGCUGUUUUGGUGAUGCGUUCAGUCGGGAGAUGGUCAGCGGGGAGCUGCGAGCGUCAAGCCCGAAACUCAGCGGCAGAAUCAGCACAAUAACGGAGAGAGAAGAAGGGUGGACCCGCUUGGUUAUGGGAGGAUUUUAAAUCGUCUUCAGUCGCUCUGUCGCGGAGAAGAUCAUGCACACCACUGAACAAAGGAUUUAGUUGUUUUUUUUUAAGGAUACGGAAUCUGCCUUGUAUUUUAACUCUGACACCUUCUCCGGUUCGGACUUUUGGCUCUGACGGGCUGAAUCUCCGGGCUCUUGACUGCUUUGGAGUCCAUGUGGAUCGACAGAGAAACGUCAAACGCAGCGAGCUGAGCUCAAUCCGAAAUGUGACAUUUUUCAAUUAACAUUCCUCACCCCAUCAAACCUGGCAACAGCGAAGCCCUCUUCAUAUUAGAUCACAUCUGUUUACAUCGAUCGAGAGAUGGCACUCCCACCUGUGGUCCUCCUGCUGCUGGCUGUUGCUCAUCACACCUGUGGUCAGAAUCCAGCCGACACCGAGGCUCUCCCAAAAGGCUGCGGCUGGGGUCUUGUGCGACCCUACACCCUCCUCUGUGACCUGGAAUCCAUUUGGGGCGUAGCGGUCGAAUCUGUGGCUGCCAGUGGGACACUGGCUGCCAUUCUACUUGCCCUAGUCCUGCUGUGUCAUCUGCGCCACAUCAGCGAAGCCAAUAAGCGCAGUGGCGUGGGGCCCAUUCUUCUGCUGCUCCUGGGCAUACUUGGCUUGUUCGGCCUUAGCUUUGCUUACCUAAUUGAGCAGAAUGAGUCUCUUUGUAUGAUCCGCAGGGCUUUGUGGGGUUUCCUUUUUGCUGUCUGCUUCUCCUGCCUGUUGAUUCAGGGGGUUCGGCUGCGCAGGCUGGGCCGAGAGCGCCGAAGCCCCAGCGGAUGUGCUCUAACAGGCCUGGCAUUGGGUUUAAGUGGCGUACAGGGCAUCAUUGCUGCCGAGUGGCUACUUCUGACCGUGAUGAGGGAAGGGAGACCUGCCUGUCAUUACCUACCUUUGGACUUCUCAUUAGCUUGCAGCUAUGUGCUAGCCCUGCUUCUUGCUGCCCUGACUGCCGCCUCCUUGGCUGUGUGUGGGAAAAUCCGUCAGUGGCGCUGCAAUGCCGUCUGGCUGCUGGUGACCUGCCUCCUGUCCCUGCUGCUGUGGGUGGCCUGGGUGGGCUUUUACCUGUAUGGUAACGAGUGGUUUGGCAGGAACCCAGAGUGGAACGAUCCGGCACUGGCAAUAGCCUUGGUGGCCCAGGGUUGGCUCCUGCUGAUCUUCCAUGCUAUUCCUGAAUCCCACAUCUGCUUGAGAGGUCCACCGCAACCCACCGCCCCAGACUACUUCGACACAUCCCAGAACUCAACACGGAUGAGGGAGACAAGCUUUGAUGAAGACAUCCCUCUCUCUCACCGGCAGUUUGUGGAGAACCAGGGCUAUGUAUACAACGAUGAGAAGACAGCAGGCUUAAGAAGCGGUGGCAGCACCGGCCAACACAACAGUAACACCGGAACCAGGCCCAGUGCUCCCUUUCGCAGCAACGUCUACCAGCCCACAGAGAUGACCAUGAUCCUGAACGGGGGAGCGGUGAGUACAUCUUCCCAGUCACAGGUGCCCUCUGCCCCUCCCACCUACACGGGCAGGCAGCUGUGGUGAGCGAGGAGAAAGAGGAUGUUUGAUGGAAAAUGGCGAGAAGAAGAAGAUGGAAGGAGUGAGGAGUAAUGGGUCCAGGAUAAAUGGAUGGGGGGGGGGGGGCAAUUAGUUGGAUUGGACCUUAGGCUCAUGUGCCUGCGGGGCCUUUUCAUGUUCAGACUUUAUCAGUGACUGUGUGCCAAACAAUUAUAGAACGAAUGUGAGUGAGAAUGAGAGAGGGCAGCCUAAGGAGGACAGAGCUAAAACCUUUCUAGAACAUAAGUAUUUAUGGAAGAGUUGCAGAACUUGAAGUGGGCCCAGUAUAUCUAAAAUUAUUAUUAUUAUAUCUCUCCUUUUUGGUGUAAUUUGUUUCUCUGACACACCAGAACAGCAGGCAUCCUUGAAAACUGUGAAAGCAAACUCUUUGUCCUGUUCUAGCUCUUAUUCUGUCAGGUGCGAUGUCUUUUCUGCUUUACGGUGCUAGCAUUGAAGCGGAGACCUUUAACUCUGUCCUCCAUCCAUUCACACUGUAAGGGUUGAGCCAAAGUGCCGCCCUCUUGAAAAAACUGCUGGUGUCUAUAUAUGAGAAUGAGUGUGUUUGUGUGUUCAGUACAGCUCUCACACUCCAACAAACCCUCCUCCUCCUUUGGACUGUUAGCCCUGGCCUUUUCCUCUCUUCUUCCCUGCACUGUCUGUGACUACAACAGAUAACUCUCCUCACCUUGCGUCAACAUCCCACUUGCAUGGACACAUUGUGAAUAAAAACCCUGAAGCUCUAAAUAGGGGACACAAAGUGAGCAUAGAAACAACAAAUGUAAAUCUGGAGGACCUGAACUGAUCAUGCUGCUGUUGAGCUGCUGCGGGAGAUUUGAAAGAAGCAGAGGAGAUCGUGAUUGGAAGAGGAAGGCGUCAGUUGUCAGGAGGGGAGGUGCAGCUUUGGGAAUCUGGGUCAGACCAUUGCACUCUCCCUACAUCUCCGGUGGCCAUUGGCAGAUGGAGGCAGCCUGGAGAAACCAUCACACUAGAUGAGCAUGAAGCCCCUCUGUUUGUGAUUGUGUGCAUAAAGUAUGUGAGUUUUGAGAUUUUGUGAUUGCUCACAAGUUGUUUUCUGAUCCUAAAAUUUUUUGCAGUGAGGUGUAGAAGCAACACAAACAACACAGGUGUCGAUGCACUCGUCCAAGUGCGAUAGACUAUAUUUAGAAAGGCUGCUGCUGUGUGGAGAUCUUCUGGAGUCACAGCGAGAUCAGGUUUACACUGUGGGGUGGAAAGAGGAGGAUCAAAUGCAGGAGAAGAUGCAGGGGGGUGGGAGGGUGUUUAGAGGGAUGUUGCGAAGGCCGGAGGACCUUCUUCACUCUCUCUCCAAUCUAUAUGAGAAAAUAGCUUUCCAAUCUCUAUGUGUGCAUGAUAUGGGAGCCUCUCCUCCUCAUCAUCUUCCUCCUGUCUCUCAUAGCCUAAGUCCCUAUGCCAAGAAGGACUUCAUGUAUCACUGGAGUCUCUGUUUUACAUGCUUUCCCUACAUUGUGGCACCAGCUCUCUGUUUCACCUGAGAAACUGUGUACAUAGUAGUGCUGUAAAGCUUUUCUUGCUUGUUUAUGUUUUUCUUCUGUUUUUCUUUUCUUUUAAUACUAGGCUGAGUUUAGACACCAGUCGCGCACUGGAGAACUGAUUUUAUUUUGGAUUGACUUGCUUGCUUUGUGCUCUGCCUUUUUUAAUAUGUUUUUAUUUUUUUCUUGCUGGUGUCUUAAUUUUUUUAGCUAGUUUUAGAAAUAAUUUUGCCAACACUAGAUGUGCUUUUACUUUUUUUGUUGGACUAUUGUUAAUGGAUACUUUGCGAUUCAUUUAAAGGGAUUUAUGUUGGUUGUAUCUACUGAUCACUGUUUUUAUUUUUCAGAGAAAUGAUAAUAGCUGUGAAUAACUUUGGCACUUCAUGCAGUAAACAAAGACUAUUUCUAUGAUACUAAGAGAAAAGCAGGGUGGGUAAAACAAACUAACUUAUAAGCUGCUUUGCAAAAGUAUUUUUACCCCUUUUCACAGUUGUCACAAUGCAACCAUAAACUCUAAUAUAUUUUGCUGUGAAAUUGCAGUAUAUGAUAGACCAACACUGGCACACAGCCCCCUGACCCAGGGUUAGGUUGGUCUUUUGGAGCCUGUAAGCGCAAGGUGUGCAAAGGGCGGCACAGGGACCAUUUGUGGCCCAUGGACUGAUGUGUGGCCGCUGACUUCAGUUAAGAAUGAUACAAAUUAGACCCGCCAGCACGGGUUGUUGAUACAGAUGGAGACUUUGAUUUUUAAAUAGAAAAACAUCUGAUUACUUUAUUUUUUUAAUAAAAAUAUUGCUGCUUAAUUUAUUGUUGAGCAGGUUAAAAAAAAUCACUAUAUAUUUUCUUCUGAUUUUAGUAUUUUUUUAUUAUAUUCGUUGGCCCAUGAGUAUUUUUGACUGCUCUAACAUAUUUUACCGGUAUUGAAUGCCCACACCAUGAUACUGCCACUACCGUGUCUGACAGUGAGGAUAGUGUCCUCAGGGUUAUGUGCAGUAUUAUACUCAUUUUCCAUAUAGGCUAAAAAGCUCACUUUUGGUCUCAUCUGACCACACAUUUGCAGCAUCCCCUACACAACCUGUGGGAAACAAGAUUUCUUUAAUCAAUGUCAUAUCUUUUGCCACUUUUCCACAAAGGCCAUCACCAAACUUUCCCACCUGAGUUGUGGAUCUCUCUAGCUCCUCCAGAGUUACAAUAUGCUAUUGUUUUCUAACCAAAUAUUUUUCACUGAUCUCUCUGGUUUCUUUCUUUGAGGCCUUCACAGAACAGCUGGUUUUAUACUUCCGUUUAAUUGGACUUUUUUAACUUAGCAGAUUCUGCACUGGACUUUUUUUAAGUAGGGCUGGAUACAGAUUACAGCCACACGUUUCUGACUUUUAUUGGUAAAAUAAUUUAAAUACCUUACUUCACAAUUAUGCAUUACUUUUGUUGGUCAGUCAUAAAAAAUCCCAAUAAAAUACAUAAGUGUUUGGGGUUGUUAUGUGACAAGAUCUGACAAAGUUCAAGCGGUAUGAACACUUUUCCAAGGCACUAUAAGAUCCCCAAAAGCCAUGGUAGUGACAUCUGAACUUGCAUCAGCCCUAAGCUAGGAAAAUAUAACUGCUGCUGUUUGUUUAUGUCUCAAACUCUGGCUACUCUAAAACAGGACGGCUACUUGUAGGCCAGCUUCAUACCCAGACAUAGCUUGUCCUCUCAGUCCGAGCUGUGUGGGGGGCCGAUCCUGGUCAGAAACAGAUCUACGCAAGGAGAAGUGUCCUCAGGGGUUUUCAUGGUCAUAAGUACGUUUUGAUAAUCACUGUCGAGGAGGGAUAUUUGAAUUCUCGUGAAGUUUUCACUCAGUGUGGACUACAAAAAAAGGACGAAUAACAACAUGUUGUGACUUUGUAGAUUUUGAGCUCGUCAACUACCUAUCUGUGCAUGCUUAAUCACCAUUUCUACAUAUAAGAUCUUUUUCAGACGUACUUUUCAAUACUAACUAUUUAUGUAACGGUCAUGUGACAGCAAUCAUAAUUUCUGUGUAUAUCAGAAGACACACUUAAUGUCUGUGCUUUGGAAAACACAAAAGCGAGCUGGCUUUUGUGAAGUAAAGAGAAUAAAAUCAGAGGACGGUCCAACAUACUGUGAUUCUCCACAAAGGAAACAACACGCCAUCUUCAGUGGAUCUAGUAAUACUUUUCACUGUGUGGGUUUGAAGACUUAAAGGUUUGAAAAAAAAAGAGAAUUGUCUGACUAAUAUUGUCUCUGUGUUACAAAUCAAGUAGACUGUGGUGAAAUUUGCACAAAACCUUUAUGUUAAGUUUGUUGUCCCUGGGCAGCCUAUCUGAACAUCCCCCCUCCUCCCCCCGAGCUUUGCUCUCCUGAUUCUUCUUGCCUUCAGACUGUUCCAGCAGGGCAGCUGACAGGGGUGGUAUUGGUUUUCACAGCUAUGCCUGUGCAGUGAUGAGGCAUGCAUAUGUAUAGAAACUUGAUUUCUUGAUUAGAAAAAAAAGAAAAAUAUUAAAACAGUUAACGCUGUUGUUUCUGUAACUGAUUCAGGAAGAAAAACGUUCAAUAAAAGUGUCAUGUUUGUAGUUUUA